AUGGUAGCUCAAUUCUUAACAAAAAUUGAUGAAGGACCGGAUUUCCUUACAAAAAUUUUAUGGACAGAUGAAUCACGGUUUACAAAUAAUGGGAUGAUCAACAGACAUAAUAGUCAUUAUUGGUCCGAUUCAAACCCUCAUUGGACUAAAGAUGUUAACUUUCAAGUUAAGUGGGGAGUUAAUGUAUGGUGUGGAAUUUUGGGAGACACUUUAAUAGGUCCAUACUUUUUUGAUGGUACACUAACUGGGAAUAAAUAUAGAAACUUUUUAAACAAUGAAAUUCCAAAACUCUUGGAAAAUGUAUCACUGGAGCAACGCUUAAAAAUGUACUAUCAUUAA